AUGUCUGCUGCGCCGUCGAAGCAGCGCACCACGAGACCCAUCCAUGAAUUCUUCAAGCCUUACGUCAAGAGCACAGUCCCCGCCAAAAGGCCUUCUCCCUCACUGGAAGAGACAACGGGGGUAGAGCAUUCGCACAAGGGUGAUCCCCAAACGACGACGCCAAAGGCAGGAGGGAGGACGCUCAAUCGCAAUGCCCCAAAGACGCCUCCCUCCUCCUAUCUAUCACCAAAGUCUGCGCUGGGGUCGCGAACCUCAUUGUCCAUUCGCAGCCGAGCUUCCCACUCAAAAGGUCCGAUAGAGCCUCCUUCAACGUACAAACGGGCGCCCCAGUUUGGCGCAGAUAUUCGAGAUGACACUCCGAAGGGCAAGGCCGGUGGCUUCUCCUUUUCCUUUUCAGACCUACCCAGUUCCACGCACGCUGUCGUCAAGGACGGCAAAGUGAUCGAGGUCCUUGACUCUGACGAGGAUGAUGACAAAGAUUCGCUGGAGUCACUUGAGGAUUUGUUUGGAAGGAGACAAGGCGGCCACAAUACUUCACAGUCGUCCAGUCCGGAGGAGGACGCCAAAGCUGAGGUUGAGCGCGUGAGGUUGGUGAAUAUGUUCACAUUGGGCAAGUCAGUCCCGUUGGUGGGCAAACACAAACUACAGGCACUGGAUGCGAAAGUAAAGGCGCACAAGUUCGACAUCAGCACUUUGAUGGUGAGUCACUUUGAUGACGAAGAAGUGGAGAGCAAAGUCAAGGAGGCAUGGACAGACGUCGACGCAGCAACCAAAGCAGCAGGGGCAGACAGUGCCACGGCGCUCGACAAGACCCUUCUAGCCGCCGUUGCGACCACGGAGGAGGACGGUCAAUCUAAAGUCGCGAGAUUAAUGGACGCUGUUGACCGCACAGAAGCUCUGUCAUCUGACCCCGUCUUCUUGUUCUUCGGAGUCAACGGACUGAAUGACUGGCAUGAUGAAAAUCCCUCUAGACACCCCUUCCCCGAAGCUGAAAUCCCAGAGCAUCUAUGGCAAGAUGACGAUGACGAAUCCAGGUCAAGAGCCUAUGUAUCAGGCUAUGUGGCUGACCUCGCGGCCAGAGGCCUGAUUUCGGACAAGGCAUUGAAUUGGACCUUUGAGAACGUCGUCCUUGAGCAACAGGACGACGUCAGACAAGAAUAUAUUCGAUGCUUGCAAAGUGCGAGCUCCUCCUGGACAAGGACCAAUAUCCAGGCACAGGACGUCCAGACCGUCUUUCAGAGACUAGGAGCCGAUUCCACCAGUCUUCAGGAUUCUGUUGAGAUAAAGCCCAGGCAUCGACUCCUGAAAAAGCCCGAGCGCCGUGAUCCGAAAUACCUUCUUGCAGUCUUGGAUCUUUUCCAGCACAUCUGUGCGGACAUGGACUUUUUGGCUUUGAGCAAGCUGACUUCCAUAAUCUGUCGACUUGCUAUCGAUGGCGAGCUGACCAGCAACGGACGGAUUUCUUCGAGGAUUGACGCGAUCCUAGAAAGGCUUCUAUCACUCCCCGAGCUGGAAAUGCGUUCUCAUGUUGCAGAUCGAAUCCUAGUUGACAUCGGCCAGCGUUUGAAAGAUGCCACUUUGCAAGCACAAUUACUGUCUCAUAUUCUACCUUCUUCGCCUACCGCAUUGCGGAUACGCAUCCUCCUCGCGCAAGCUUUUCUCUUUGGAGGCGAUGCCAUCACAGACAAUGCAUCCGACACCCCCAGGAUUUCACUCCAUGCCCUGGCUGAGCACGUAUCGAAAUCUCCUGACUUCGACACCCAGCGCCGAAAGGGUGGGAGCACAAUGGACUACACUGCCCUCCACGCUCGCACUCAUAUCCUUGACAUCGCCAUCUCCGACGGCGGUCGUCCAGCCUCAUUCUCCACGCGCGCGGAUGAACAGUCUUUCAACAAAUCUGUCGACCGCCUCGCAGAUGCCGUCAAAGCGACGUUCGUGGCCAUUGUCGACACGGGCGCCUCGCACAUGACUCGCACGGAAUGCAAGGACGUUCUACAGGCACUGUACUGGCGAUUAUUGUACAGUGUUAGGACAGAGCUGAGGCCCAAGAGACAUAUCUUUGAUGGGAAGGCUGGGAAGCUGAGGGAUGCUGAGGAACUCAAGGGCGAGGAGAGAGGCAAGAACUUUAUGAGCCGGUUUCUGGAGAAGACGAAAGAGAAACUACGGGAGCGGGAAGGGGAACGGGAGAAGGGAGCUGAACCACCGGCCGAAGCUCCGAAGGUAGACGGCGACACCCUGCAAGAGCACGGCGGCGAGGUGGCCUCUCCCAGCAAAGCCGACAAAUCCCUUCGUCCCACUUCUCCGCUGACGUCCUCGGAGCCUUCAGAGACGGAAAAGUCGAUCCGCAAGCAGCUGGGGCUGGAAGACUAG